UACGUCCGGUGGCUCCAUUCGCUUUCCGAAACUCGCAAUGGCUGCCUUUUCUCGGGGACUGCCCAGCGUCCUCCCCCAACGGUCGUUCCACUUUCCUUCGUCGAUUCGCGCUGCCAUUUUCAAGGCGCAACCACGCUUUACCCAGUCGCAUGCGCCAGCCCGAAGUUUUUCAUCCUCAGUUCUCCACAGAUACCAAUCUCCCGCGUCCUCCCGAUCAUUCGUAAGCUCAGAUCCUGUGCUCCGAACCGUCAUACAAACCCGCGAGCCCGUCCUACUCUACAAAGAGCCGGCAAAUAAAUGGUACCUAUGGAAAGUCUACGGUCUCGCAUGCACCUGUGUUGGUAUUGGCUUGUAUAACUGGAAGUUCGCCGUUGAACUGCCCAAGGAUAUGCAGUGGUUCGUCCCGCCUACGUACUACGUUAUUGGAUUCGCCAUGCUCGCAAUCGGCUUUCACGUAUUCACGAGACCCGUCCGUCGCAUACAUUCGCUCGAAAUCAUACCUAAUACAAUGGGUGGGCCGCUACAGUUGCGCAUAAGAGCAAGGAUUGCGCCCUUUCUGAAGGAGCGCGUAAUACUUGCAGACCUCACAGAAGCUACGAUAUCCGAGAAGACGGCGCCAAUGGUGGCGGAACUUGUAGAGGCGGACAGAGCAAGAAACCAGAGGCUAACGGAGGGCCUGGAGCACUUGUCCAUCCUACCUCGCAUAUGGGAGCUGGCGGCACGCUGGCUAGAGCAGAAAUGGACAUCCUUCUUUCUGAAGUUCAAGUUCGCCGUGCUGCGCUUUGGCAUUGCGCAAGUGGAGGUGAAUGGCGUAAAGUGGAAGCUCGACUGCUCCGGCUGGUUGCUGGACGAGGGAAGAGCCAUUGAUCGCAUAAUUAUCGAAGAAUAAGGCGCGGCGGCUCCCUACCGGUUCGCCUACAGUUACGGACUCCCCUCAAUCUCUUGUAGUUUUGCGGAUUGUGCACCUCUUGUAGUAUUAUGAUCCGAGGCACAUCGAGGUCACAUGAUUAGCCCUGACCUGGCGUCGGCUGUAGGAUACCUGUAAAUUAUUAAAAGACUCUGUUGCAGAAACGCCACGUCUGCUACAGUGGCAGCCUUGACGUACAUACUGUUUAUACUACUGCCUUUAUUUUGCGG